AUGAUUCCAAACAAUUUUAUCGUCAAAUUUAUUCCUUUAUUAUUCGUGGCUAAGUGCUACGCUGUUAUUACAUCCACUGAACUUGUUGAGACCGAUAAAGGAUUGGUUCAGGGUGAAAUACUGAAAACUGUUCCGGGGAGGAUCAAGUAUUCAUCUUUUAAAGGAAUUCCUUAUGCAGAGCCACCACUUGGAGCUAAUAGAUUCAAGUAUGCAGCAGAAGCAAAGCCUUGGAAAGGUGUCCUGAAUGCCACCAAAGAUCCUAGCCCUUGUUCACAAUGGUAUCCUGAAGGCAAUACUUACUUUGGUAAUGAAGAUUGCCUGUAUUUAAAUGUUUUUACUCCAGUGGUAUGUAAUAUUUUUUUCUACCCAGUAAUGGUAUGGAUUCAUGGAGGAAACUUUAUGUUUGGAUCCAUGAAUACUUAUACUCCAGAUCUUUUCCUUGAAAAAGAUGUCAUUAUUGUUGCAAUGAAUUUCCGGCUAGGAGCUUUUGGAUUCUUGUCACUAAAUCAUUCUUUAGCUAAUGGCAAUGCUGGUCUGAAAGAUCAACUUCAAGCUUUACGAUGGGUGAAGAAAAAUAUUAGAAACUUUGGUGGAGAUCCAGAGAGGGUAACAAUUUUCGGAGAAGAUACUGGAGCUGUUUCUGUCGAGUUACACAAUUUAUGUGAUGAAUCUGUUGGACUCUAUAGAGAAUCGAUAGCAGUAGAUGGAGUUUUACUUAACCCUAGAGUAUUUUAUUCUCGAUCUAAAGCACAAGAACGCACCAAAAUACUAGUAAGAAAAUUGGGACUUCAAAAGUUUACUGGCCCAAAACUUUAUUCGAUUUUAGAACGAGUAAAGGCUGAUCUUAUUGCUAGAAUUUCAUUCCGUAUGAUGCUGGAAUUGAGAGAUAUACCAUUUAAGCCAACAGUUGAGUCUAAGGCAAUUUCAGAACAUCCUUUCUUAACUACAUGUCCUGCAGACAAAUUUAAAGCUGGAAAUUAUAGUCAAACACCUCAUAUACUUGGUCAAAAGGAAAAGAGUUUAAAUUUCAGAGAUCGAACAAGACAUGCACGAGGAGUUGGAAGAUACUCAGUAAACAUAAACCACUAUAAAAACUCAUUCUUCUAUCGCGAUUCAUUCGAUUAUAAAUUGGCAUUAGCAAAAGAAAAAAUAGAACCG